AAGUGAGUAAAGUUUUAGUGUCAGUUUGAAAUUUUAUUCAGCAGCAAAGGGAACAUUACUUCAACGGAACAUUCUUCCUUCACUCCAUCUUCGCCUAAGCGGAAAACUAACAUCUUCUCCAAAUUUUAGGAUUCCGCCGAACCAGAGCGUUCGAGAAAAGCUCAUGUUUUAUUCAAAUCUUCGAAGCCAGCUAUGGAUUGACCUGACAAUGAGACUUAGAUGGUUGAGAGGAGAACGAAAAGCGGAAAUCAGGGCCUAGAAGAAAUAGCAGAGAGAGAUUAGGAGAGAGCUUUUCAUCCAGUAUCUUACAGAGCAGAUGCCAAGGAAAAGAGGUAGACCAAAGGUUAAUGCUGCUCUUCAAUCCAAACAGGAGGAGCCCCAAGAUGUAAAUCAGGAGGAAGAUGCAUCAUCAGAGCUAAUUGAUCUUGCUGAACGUCAAGGUGAGGCAAUUAGGGCUUUUCAGGCAGUACAAAUUGAACAACUACGCACUAUGUUACGGUUGUUACGCUCUAGCUUCAGCAAGGAAGAGCUGUCAGUUCCAGUUUUGCAUUUUUUCAGCAAAAACCUCCCAAACGUGGUCCUUGUGAGAAAUAAGAAUGAUAAUGCCUGUGAAGUGCAAUGGAAAAAAGAUGACGGUAGCUUUACAAUGGAACAACUAGAUCAAAUGCGUGUACCCACUUCUCUUCUACAGCGAUUAUCCCGGAUGUAUUCCCACCGUUCUUCUGUGAUUCCACCUUUUGACAGAUUUGGAUUUUCAAAUAAUUCUGUGAAAUCAUGCGUCUUUGGUGCUGAAAAUCUCCAAAUCAAGGGUUUGGUUUUAGAAGAACCAUCUGAAAAUCAACUGGUUGAUCAGCAGGAUCCUUUCCAAACUCCUGGCUUUCAGGAAAAUGGCAACCGUUUAUCAGUUGGGGUGACACCAAAAACAUUAAGGUUUCCCAAACACGGGGAGAUGCUUCUGUCAGUACAUGGCUCACCCCUUGGGGUAUACAAGGAAGACAUGGAAUCAAUACACGAAUCACAAGAGCAAUGAGCAAGCAGAGAGAUAUUGGAUCAGUUUCUUGCAUUAGUUGAAGAGGAAUUGCUAUUCUGUGUAUGUAUCUGAUAAACCAGUGGCUUAUUAUUGUGUUAGCCGUUUAUGCAAUUCUGUAUUGCGAGUAGAUUUCAUGACCCCUUAUGCCUCCUUUCUCUUUUGUUUUAUUAUUUUAAAUACGGAGUAUGAUGUAUAUUGAUAUUACUCCAUAUUAUUACUCUUCUCUGUGUCUCAAUUUAAGUUGUUUGUUCACUAUUUAUAUGAUCAAAUUUUGUUCACUUUUUUAGACCUUU